AUGAGUAGCACCACCAAUCUGAUCACCCUAAUCAAACACUGCAAAACCCCAAAACAACUCCACCAAAUCCAUGCUCACACCACCACUGCCACUGCCACUGCCACUGCCUCUCAUCCCAAAAUCCUACCCAACCUCCUCCACACCUUCACCUCUCUCCUCAAACCCUCCUCCUCUCCAACCUCACUCACCUACGCCACAUCUCUCUUCAACCUCAUCCCAAACCCCUCCACCUUCUCCUUCAACAACCUCAUCCGGGCCCACACCCUCCUCUCCUCCCCUCUCCCCGCCCUCCACCUCUUCGCUUCCCUUCGCCGCCUUUCCCUCCCCCCUGACUUCCACACCUUCCCCUUCGCCCUCAAAGCCUGCGCCCACCUCGCCCCUUCUUCGUUCCCGAUCUCCCAGGCCCUACAUUCCCAAGCCCUCAAGUUCGGUUUCGCUUCACAUUCCUUCGUCGCCAACACCCUCAUUCAUGUCUAUUCAGUAUGCCACAAUCUUAACCACGCACGCCAGCUGUUCGACGAAAGUCCCCACAAGGACAUGGUCUCGUACAAUGCGAUGCUCGACGCGUUUGUUAAGGGAGGCGAGAUGGACAAUGCGAGAGAGGUGUUUGAUGAAAUGCCUGAGAGGGACUCUGUUUCGUGGGGGACUGUUUUGGCAGGGUAUGCGCAGACGAGCCGCUGCGAGGAGGCGAUUGAGCUGUUUGGUGAGAUGAUGGAGUCGGAAAUUAGGCCUGAUGAUAUCUGCUUGGUUUCGGCACUCUCUGCUUGUGCGCAGCUGGGUGAUUUGGAGCGAGGGAGGAGCAUCCAUGACUAUGUUAAACGAAACAGGAGUAGACUAAGUUCGUAUUUUUUGACAGCGUUGGUGGACUUGUAUGCGAAAUGUGGGUGCAUUGAGACUGCUAUGAAGAUUUUCGAGUCGAGCUCUGGGAAGAAUGUGUUCACUUGGAAUGCCAUGCUUGUUGGGCUUGCAAUGCAUGGUCAUGCCCAUCUCUCACUGGAGUACUUCUUCAGGAUGAUAGAGGCUGGAGUUAAACCUGACGGGGUUAGCUUCUUGGGGGUUUUAGUGGGUUGCAGCCAUGGAGGUAAAGUAGACGAAGCUAGAAAGCUUUUCGAUGAAAUGGAAUCGGUCUAUGGGGUGCCCAGAGAGCUCAAGCAUUAUGGGUGCAUGGCUGAUCUGCUUGGAAGAGCAGGGUUGAUCAAGGAGGCUAUGGAGAUGAUAGAGAAGAUGCCAAUGGGGGGUGAUGUGUUUGUGUGGGGUGGUUUGCUUGGAGGUUGCAAGAUACAUGGUGAUGUGGAGAGUGCAAAGACAGCCGCUGAGCAUGUGAUGGAGUUGGACCCUGAAGAUGGUGGUGUGUAUUCAAUCAUGGCUAGUGUUUAUGCCAAUGCAGAGAAAUGGGAUGAUCUGGUUAAAACCAGAAAUUCCAUAAGUGCUAAUAAGAGGGUCAAGAAGAACAAUGGCUGUAGUUUGAUUAGGUUGAAUGGAACCAACCAUGAGUUUCUUGCAGGGGAUAGCUUACAUCCUCAAACAGAAGCAAUAUAUUUUGUUCUGGACGGACUUUGGAAACAUCAAUUUGAAUCAUGCUAAAGGGUUUAAUGA